AUGUCUGUCCCUCUUCCACAAGGAUAUAUGAAUUCCAAUGAGGUAUUCGUCGAUCAAUCUCAACCUCAAGCUGGACCAAGUAAUUAUGCCAGACCAUCAUCACAGCCUCAAGCUCCACUCCCAAACCAUAUUCAAGGUCCACCACCUCAGACACCUUUCUACGGCAUCAACGGCCAUAUACCCCCAGGAUAUCCUACACCUAUGGAACAUGUUUCCCACAUCCAGCAACUCCCUCAACAGCAGCAACAACAGUUCAUGGCUGCCUACCCACCGACGAUGAUACAACAUGGACAGCCCGGUAUGGUAUAUCCAGGGAUGGAGAUGAACGGUAGUGCAAUCGUGCCCAAUUUCCAUUUCGGUUCUGUCCCUCAAAAUGGACCGUGGACGGAUGAGUGGGUAGAGAAUGGAAUAGCUCACGAAGGUCAAGAUAUGGUUUACAGUAAUCUAGAGGUAAAGCACCGACGUAGGACUACGCCUGAUCAGCUAAAGAUCUUAGAGUAUUGGUACGAUAUCAACCCGAAACCUGAUAAUGCAUUGAGAGAGCAUCUUGCAGCUCAGUUGGGAAUGACUAAGAGAAACGUUCAGGUCUGGUUCCAAAAUCGACGAGCGAAAAUGAAAGGAUUAGCUAAAAAGGAUGAGAAAGCGGAUGGGGAAGAUCAACAGAAGACACCUGAAAAAUCCUCUACCAUCGUGUCGCCCAUCCAACAACAUCAACAACAACCUGUUCAUCGACAAAUGCUAUUACCACCUAUGGGACCACCCCCUAUGGCUAGAAGAGCAUCUCUGGCGAAUGGUGAAGCCGCCAAGAUCGAGAUGUUCGUUGCCAAGCGUGCUGCAGCUGCUGCAUCGGGUCAAAAUAGAGGAUUAAGACCACCGGGAUUCGUUUCUCCCCAGCGAUCACCGUUGAUGGGUCAAGCUUCAGCCGCCAGAAGACAAAGUAUACCCUAUCCUACGCCUAUCACUGCUGGUCCGACGGGCGGGCCUGGACCGAGUCCCAAGAUAUCCCCUGUCGUCAGAGUGAUGCCUUCUGCUCUACACCUGACCGCGAUGAGAAAUAACACCAGAAGAGCAAGUAUGCCUGGUGCGGCUCAACUUAUCUCCAGUGGGCCUUUCACUCCUCCUCGAGUAGUCACCAAUCAACAUCAAGUUGGACUUCCACGAGAACUCGGCACAAUCAAAGAUGAUGAUUCCGUACAAAAUGGUAUGAUUGUCAAUGGGCAACAACAACAACAAGUGAUAUAUGAUCAAGAUACAGAUUUCACCGGUACUUACAUUACACCUCCGUCAACCUCUUAUGGACCAUCAACAUCGAUAUCACCCAUGUCUUUCUUACCUACCGAUUCAUCAAAUGGGUCAGUGUUCGAUCCGUCUAUACCGUUCUCGCCCAAUUCGCCUCUACCCAACCCAUCUUUCUCUUUUGGCACGGAAGGACACCAGCAACAACCACAACAGAUGCAUCAUCAGAUACCUAUCCUUGAUGAAGCUGAAGCUGCUCGGCAACAACAGCUGUUCCUUGCUUUCCAACAAAGAGGUAGAAUGGGCUCCAUCGCAUCUGUAGGCACGUACACCACUGAUAAUGGCAAUACGACGGAUAUGGAGGAUGCCGGUUUAGGGGAUUGGAUCAAUCAGGAUAACACCAACGGAAUGGGUGCUGCGGUCGGCUUAGGUGAAGGGCAGGGUCAAGAGGGACCGGAUGGUUUUGAUCCUGAUGCUAGGAGAGCUUCAGCCCCCGCUGACCUAUUGCAUCAAAUUGGCAUCAUGGGUCUUAACAAUGUUCCGACUCCACUCCGACCAUCACCAUUGGGCAGUCAUUUCACACCUGACAAUUACCAUACAGAACAGACCGCUUAUGGAAUGCCUCAAAGUGGGAUGGGAAUGACUUCGGCCGAUCUAGAUCCUUCACCUAUAUCAAUCUCUUCCAUGCCGUCUUCAUCGAGCGAGAGCGUAUCGCCAACAGAAGGUAAUAAUCCGGGGUUUCAACAGUUUGGUCAAUCACAAACACAAACACAGCCGCAACCGCAUCAACCAGUGAGAUCAAUAUCAUUGCAGCAAUUCCCGUCAACUCAUACCCAAACGCAGAAUCAACAUUCUUCAAGUGUCUCACCUUACUCUGAACAUUCCUUACCACCUUCUUCCUCUGCACCUUAUAUCCAACAACAGCGACAGCAACAGCAACAACCAUCGCAGAUCUAUCAAAAUCAGAAUCAACCGUAUCCUCAGAAUGGAAUGACCUUUAUUAACAAUGUCAACAGAGCACCUACAACUACUACUGCACAUCAUCAGCAACACCUUCAACAUGGUAACAAUGGUGAGAAUAAAGACGAUUCUAGUUUUUUGGAAAAUCUACAGAACAAUGGUAAUAAUGGUGAACCUGUGGAUAUUUUGGUAUGA